AUGGGUUUGGAGCAGGCGCCGGUACAGCCCGCCGCCGCCCGGGAUCACGCGCCCUUCCUGCCGCACCUGAGCAUUUUCAGGUCUCGCCUAAGGUCCGGGGCCGCUGGGCGCGCGGCGAGGUCCUGGCGCCCUCUGGCGGGGUCCGCGGACAAGCCCCCUGCCCGGCCCGCCAGCUGCAGACACCGCGUUGGGCUGGGCGUCGCUUCGCAGUCCCUCCCGGGACCGGCUCUGGUGCCUUCCCCUGCGGCUCGGGUUUCGAACGCAGAAGAGCUUAAUGAAAAAGAAGUGAAACGUCUUAUUGCUGAAGCAAAGGAAAAAUUACAAGAAAAAGGUGGCAGUGAUGAAGAGGAGACAGGCGAUCCUUCAGAAGAUGGCAUGCAGCAUGUCUGUACCCAGGCCCGACUUCGGGAGCCCCUGGAGGAUGGUGACCCAGAGGAUGACAGGACGCUGGAUGAUGGUGAGCUGGCUGAGUAUGACAUAGAUAAAUAUAAUGAAGAAGGUGACCCAGAUACUGAAACUCUUGGUGAAUUUCUUUUGGGUCUUACAGUCUAUGGGAGUAAUGAUCAAGAUCCUUAUGUUACUCUGAAAGAUAUGGAGCAGUACGAACGUGAAGUUUUCUUGAUUAAGCCCAAUGACAUUCUCAUAGUUUGUGGCAGAGCCGAACAGGACCAAUGCAAUUUAGAGGUACAUGUUUAUAACCAAUAAGAAGAUUCUUUUUAUGUCCACCAUGAUAUCCUGUUGUCUGCAUACUCUUUGAGUGUUGAAUGGCUGAAUUUUGAUCCUAGCCCAGAUGAUUCAACUGGAAAUUACAUUGCUGUGGGAAACAUGACCCCCGUCAUUGAAGUGUGGGAUUUCGAUAUAGUGGAAUCUUUAGAGCCAGUCUUUACACUUAGAAAUAAGCUAUCAAAAAAGAAGAAAAAGAAAGGAAAGAUGAAUUCCUCAGCAGAUGGGCAUACCAAUGCUGUCCUUGACCUUUCUUGGAAUAAGCUGAUCAGAAAUGUGCCAGCCAGUGCAUCAGCUAACACUGUUAUUCUGUGGGAUACGUCCUUGGGGAAACCAGCAGCCAGCCUUGCCAUACAUACAGACAAGAUCCAGACUCUCCAGUUUCAUCCAUUUGAAGCACAGACUCUGAUUUCUGGAUCAUGUGAUAAGUCAGUGGCUUUGUAUGACUGCCGAAGUCCAGAGGAAAGCCAUCAACUGUGGCGAUUCAGUGGGCAGAUUGAGAGUGACUUGGAAUCACUUUUCACCUUGUCAUUUUUUGGCCAGUACAAAUGAUGGUUUUGUAUAUCAUUUGGAUGCAUGCUCAGAUAAGCCAAUUUUUACACUUAAUGCACACAGUGAUGAAAUUUCUCGUCUUGAUCUAAGCAGUCAAAUCAAGGGCUGUCUUGUGACUGCAUCAGCAGACAAG